AGCUGCUCCAUUCCUUCGCCGCUGCUGACGUGGGGAAAGCAUGACGCCUUUGCAAGGGCAGCCGCGAUUCAAAUGUAGUGGUCCCUGUCGCGCACCGCAGGCUUGGUAGAGCCUGGAGAGUCUGGAUUACAAACCGCACAACUCACUUCCUGCACCUCGGCUCCGAGGGGCGACCACACAGUAUGUCAGAGUCCAGCAGCCCGCGGCGAUGAAUACAGCGAACAGCACUGAGAUCCCGGCCGAAACGCUCUUCGGCGCCGGCGCUUACAAGGUGCUGGCGGUCGUCGUGGGCAUGGUGGGUGCUGUGGGCUUCUGCAAUAACCUCCUCAUGUUGGUGCUUUACUGCAAAUUCAAGAGGCUGAGGAGUCCCGCCAACCUCUUACUCGUCAACAUCAGCAUCAGUGACUUGCUGCUGUCGGUCUUCGGAAUCUUCUUCACCUUGGUCUCCUGUGUGAAGGGGAGAUGGGUUUGGGACAACGGUGCGUGCAUCUGGGAUGGCUUCAGCAACACGCUGUUUGGAAUUUCAUCAAUAAUGUCGCUGACUGUCUUGGCAUAUGAGCGUUAUCUCCGGAUGGUGAAUGCAACGGCGAUUGACUUCACCUGGGCUUGGCGGGCCGUCACAUAUAUCUGGCUGUACUCGUUGGCUUGGAGUGGAGCCCCAUUAAUUGGCUGGAACAGAUAUACUCUGGAGGUCCACAGACUUGGCUGCUCAGUCAACUGGGACUCACAAAGCCCCAGUGACACUUCAUUCAUCCUCUUUUUAUUCCUGGCAUGCCUGCUUGUCCCUGUAAGCGUCAUAGCUUACUGCUACGGGAAUAUUUUGUACACCAUGAAAAUGCUUCGAAACAUUCAAGACCUUCAGACAACCCGAUUUGCAAAGAUCUUAUUGUACGAGAAGAAUAUGUCCAAGAUGUGCUUCUUCAUGAUCGCUGUUGCCUUUUCAUGUUGGCUGCCCUACGCUGUGACGUCCUUUAUGGUGGUUUACGGUUACACCGAUGUCAUUACGCCCACCGUAGCCAUUAUAGUUUCACUGCUUGCCAAAUCAAGCACAACAGCCAAUCCCAUCAUUUAUACCAUCACGAGCAGAAAGUAUCGAUGGUGCCUAAUGCAACUCCUUUGCUCUCGUCUUAUGAGCAUCAAGUGGGCAAUUAAAGAUCGCACCGUUAGAGUCCGGGGUGACAAACCGGUCAAGCCCAUUGUCACUUCUGAAAAAGUUGCAGACAGGCCAAAAAAGAGAGUGACUUUCAGUUCUUCUUCGAUAAUUUUCAUCAUAACAAAUGACGAAACUCAGGAUAUUGGUAGCACUGCUGAACUCAAUGCCACCAACCCCAAUGCUGUUCAGGUGAGACCUUUGAGACCGGAAAGAGCAUCAAGAGGAAACAUUCAAUGUUGAUGUGUGCCAUGGUCCCUUUUAGACUGAGACACUGCAUCGCGAUGGUUUGUACAAUUAAGUA